CGGCCCGCAGUGCGAGCUCGGGCGUGAGCCAGAGCCGCGGAGUGGCGGCCAAGGCAGCGGCAGCAGCGGGGACGAGCGGUACUCGCGGCAAAAUGGCGACGGCCAGCACCACUCCGUCGCAGACCCACGGCUGGCCGAACACCAAGGAGGACUACGAGCUGCGGGAAGUGAUCGGUGUUGGAGCCACAGCAGUUGUGCAUGGAGCGCUCUGCAAACCCAGAAACGAAAAAUGUGCCAUCAAGAGAAUAAAUUUGGAAAAAUGGAAUACGAGUAUGGAUGAACUUUUGAAAGAAAUUCAAGCUAUGUCCUCUUGCAACCAUGAGAAUGUGGUGACUUACCACACCAGCUUUGUGGUACGGGAAGAACUAUGGCUUGUGCUCAGACUUCUUGAAGGAGGCUCACUACUGGACAUAAUAAAGCACAAAAUGAGAGCGUCAAAUUGUCGACAUGGUGUAUUUGAUGAGUCUACCAUUGCCACUGUUCUAAAGGAAGUGUUGAAAGGUCUUGAGUACUUUCAUAGCAAUGGACAGAUCCAUCGUGACAUCAAGGCAGGAAAUAUCUUGCUUGGAGAGGAUGGCACUGUCCAGAUCGCUGAUUUUGGUGUUAGUGCAUGGCUUGCUACUGGAAGGGAUUUAUCUAGACAGAAAGUUCGCCACACAUUUGUUGGGACCCCUUGCUGGAUGGCCCCUGAAGUCAUGGAGCAGGAUCAUGGAUAUGACUUCAAAGCGGACAUCUGGUCGUUUGGAAUUACUGCAAUAGAGAUGGCAAGCGGAACUGCACCAUACCAUAAAUACCCACCAAUGAAAGUGCUCAUGCUGACUCUCCAGAAUGAUCCACCAACAUUGGACACGGGUGCUGAAGAUAAGGACCAAUAUAAGGCUUAUGGAAAGACAUUCCGCAAGAUGAUAGUGGAUUGUCUUCAGAAAGACCCCUCAAAACGGCCAUCUGCUACUGAGCUGCUCAAGCACCCCUUUUUCAAGAAAGCAAAGGACCGUAAAUACUUGCAGCAGACAUUGGUUGCCAUUGGCCCUAGCUUGGAAACCAGAGUUCAAAAGGCCUCUAAGCGACAACCUGGUGCAUCUGGAAGGUUACACCGCACUGUGACUGGAGAGUGGGUAUGGUCAUCUGAAGAAGAAGGAGGCAUGUCAUCAGAUGAUGAGUGUGAGCCAAAGCCACUAAACUGCAUAGAAGCUGGAUCUUCAGGCAGUGAGCGGGACUUGACCGACAAUGAGGGAGGUAGUUCAGGUGGAAGUGCUGGACCCAUGGGAGGCUCUGGGGGCUCAUCCAGUCCUGCUCCAGUCAACUUGGUUUUACGGAUGAGAAAUCCAAAGAGGGAAUUAAAUGAUAUCCGAUUUGAAUUUGCGGUUGGCAAAGAUAGUGCCGAAGGUAUAGCUGCUGAGUUAGUUGGAGCGGGUCUUGUGGAUGGCCGUGAUAUUGUUGUCAUCGCAGCUAAUCUACAGAAGCUCAUUGAUACCCAGUCACAGUCAAAAACUGUGACUUUCCCUCUGAACUCUGGGUAUGCAAGUAAUGAAACUCCUGAUGACAAAGCUCUCAUUGGCUUUGCCCAAAUAUCAAUAACAGAUUAAAAUUAGUGUCUUUAAAGAUUAUUUACUUUAUAGUAUUUAUUGGAAUGAUUGUAUUGACUGAGUGACAACAGGUAUAUAGCCUCAAUAAUUUUCAAUGUGAAGAUGGUACUGUGAUUAUACCAGUUGGUUGUCGCACAAGUUGGUUUCAACUUUUUGAUCACAAUAUGAAUUUGCAAAAUCAUAAUUAAUUGAAAUCAGAGACAUUUCUCAACAGUAUUGUUCCUUAUUAGUUUUAUUGUACUAAUUUUCAUUUUAUUAAAAUCAGGCAUGGUUUUACAUUUUGUGUCUUGUGUUGCUUCUGUUGUAAUGUAACUUUUAUACUCAGUUUUAGUUUCUUUUUUAAUCAGAAUGAGCCAUUGCCACACUUGUGUGAUAACCUGCCCUUUCCAUUUUCUUGUUGACUUAAAAUUCUAAGUUAAAUUUUCUACUUUUAUUGAAUUUAGGGUUUCAAAUCAUGUUGUCUUUGUAUAAUAAAACCCCUUAGCAAUACUAUUCCUGGAAUUGGUAGGCUCAUCUAGCCAAUGCUACUGUUAGUCUUGCAGUCAGAUUGAGGUACUAUCCAGAGGUCAAGAAACACGCUUGUGAAACCAAAAUGUGUGUUCAUUAAAGGUGUAUUCACUGGGCAGUGAGAUGAUUUUCAGAAAAAUGUUAAAUGAACUUUGUUUUUGAAGAUAUAUUACUUAUUUGAAAUGCCCAUGAGAGCUGUAAAGUUAUCAUAAAUUCUUGGACGUGGAACUGUAGUUUUAAUCUGAGUCAUUUGAAGAGUAUGAUGACCAUAGUGUGCCUAUUAGGUGGUUUUGUGGGUUCCUACAGGAACAUAAACAUUGAUGUUUGGUAGUGUAGUCAUACCUGACUUUCAAGGUACAAGGAAAGUCAUUAGUUAUGGCUGGGUAUAAUGUGUGUUCAUUCUGGUUAUUUAUUUGUAAUUCAGUUAAAAUAGUUGGCCGUCUCUUUCCCAGUGAAGUAUAUGUGUUUUAUCUGUUCUAGAGCCAAAAUGACAUACCUAAAGAGAGAGAGAGAAACUUACACUGGGAUGUUCCUCUGUGUUAACUUAGAAUCUAAAUUUUUUGAUUGCAAUUUUCAAUUUGGAUGUGUUUGUGUAAUCUAUCUGGAAAACUCCACAAGGAGUGUUACCAUAAAGCAUGUACUUACGAUUCUUUUAGGUGUGUUUUCUUUCCUGUUGUGAAGUUAACAUAGAUGCUUGUUGAUGUGGAAACAUUUAGUGACAAUCAACAGUUUAGUUUCUUUUUUGUUCAGCUCCAGUCACUUAUAUGACGUCAGCAGAAUAACAAUUUAGUCCAAAUUGCUUUGUCUUGUAUAUGUUGUUCUUGUUAUUUGUUAUCCCUGGUUGCCUAUGUUUUGACCAGUCUUCAUUUAUAGUUUAAUUUAUUUGUGUUACUUUUGUCCAUGUCAAUUAACUCAUGUACAUUGCUUCUGAUGUUAAAACCUGUAUUUCAGACUAAUAAGUCCCUAUUAUACUGAGGAAUGUGAUAGUAUCUGAAAUAAUUGUCCUUUUUUUUUUUUUUUAAGGAGUGUGUGUGUGUUGGAUAUCAGUUUGUUCCCUUUUGCAUUUUAGGAGAGAUGGUCAGUGACUGUUUGUGCCUCUUGUAUCCUAAUAUUCCUUCCUUUCCAUGAAAUUUUCCCAUUCCUUCUAGCAAUAUCAGCUGUUUUAUGCAUCACUAAGAUGAUUGAUUCUGGUCGUCUUUGGUUCAUACAUAAAUAAUUCGACUUUUCUUGCUGUGAUUGCUUUUCUAUGACAGUUUUAUUUAAUAAAAUAGUCAGAGAUUUUGCA